GUUGGCAAUGGUAAGCAGUUGGCUGCAGUGUUGUUGCUACAUUCAUGUUUGUGGUUGUUUGACCUGUCAACAAACGUCAAAAACGUUCAAUGGGUUGUGUUUUUGUUUAAAAAUGGAUAAAUUAACGCUUAUUUCUGGUACUUUGUUUAUGGCAGCCAAUGUUUUUGCCAUAGUUAGUUUGGCCAUGCCCGAUUGGAUAAUAACAGAUGUCGGAGGAGAUACGCGUUUGGGGCUUAUGUGGUCAUGCAUGACUUUGUAUAAUAGACCGCAAGUGUGUUUCACACCUGAUUUACAAUCUGAAUGGCUUUUGGCUCUUGUCUGUAUAUUUGUUGGGUGUAUUUGUAUAACAACGACAAUUAUUUUGUUGGCUUCUUCUCAUUGGGACAGAAAUGUUGUUCCUUAUGCCAGAUGGGUUGGAUUUACUGCUAUGGUUCUAUUUUGCCUGGCCGCAGUUAUUUUUCCAUUAGGUUUUCAUGUGGACGAAAUAGGAGGGCAGCCCUAUCAGCUCCCGAACAGUCACCAGGUCGGCAUUUCUUACAUUUUAUUUGUUUUAGCUCUUUGGAUUACUGUUAUUUCCGAAUUAUUCGCGGGUAAGGUUUGUUUACCCCAUUUUUAAAACAUUUAUUUUUAACCGUUGCAUUUAAAAUAUAUUCCAUAUUGUGUACAAAUGUAUUUUAUUAGUUUUUUACAAUUAAGGUUUUUUAUCUCAAAAAGCAACAAUGCAGUUUUAGAAUUAAGAUUUUAAUUUAUAAAUGUGAUAUUUUAGCUAUAAGUUGUACUUUCUUAUUUGAAAUUAAACAUUUU